CUUUGGCAGCAUGUGAGGAGCCUUCUGCCCAGAGCCCAGGUCACCGCUGAGAAGGGGGCCCGAGGGAGAAGAGGAUCCAGAGGAAACCAGUGCCAGAAGUGUCUGGAAUUACAGUCACCGCGGGCGGCAUGUGACAUUCGGGGCCAGCAUCUGUGUCCUCCCGGCGGAGACUGCAGCUCCCCCGGGCAGGAGGGUCCUGGAAGCCGCACGUGCCAGGAGCCCCUCUAGAGGAAGGAUGGGGCCAGAGGUGCACUCUCCACAGUGAACACAGUUUUCAGCUUAUGAAGGAGUUUUAAGGAAAACAGUUAUUUAAUUUCUGCAUGUUGACAUUGACGAGCCUUCUGUGUGCGGUGCCAGUGGUCACCCCCCUCCACGGGGGUUGCCAGGACUUCUCUGGCACCGAGCUGAACUCUUCUUGGUAGUUCUGGCAGUGACAGAUCUUCAGGACAGAUUUAUCUGCUAAAUGCUCUGGGGCAGGGAAGAAAGGAAAACUUCUGGGAGCCGCGUGAGGGUCGCCGAGCAGAGACCGCGCCCUCGCCUCUCACUUGCCCAGACGCCCAGCCCGGACUUGGAUGCUGGUGCUGAAGGUUGAUUUGCCUUGUCCGCCCACGGCCCCUCUCUGCUGGGGCGAGCCGACAGUUUUGGGCCCUUGGUGGCCUCUUUUGCUGUCAUUCCACUCCCAAGCCCUCUGCUCCGGGGUCGCGGUUGAGUGAUGUGAACUUUGGAAUGGAGUUGGCGUCCCUCCCCCGGCUGCCACUGUCCACGGGGACCAUCUGAGGCUGGGCUUUGUUCGUGGGGAGGAGGGCGCUGGCCUUGCCUGCAUCGUGCACCAUGUUCCUGUUGCUGCCUUUUGACAGCCUAAUUGUCAACCUCCUGGGCAUCUCCCUGACCGUCCUCUUCACCCUCCUCCUCGUCUUCAUCAUCGUCCCCGCUGUCUUUGGAGUCUCCUUUGGUAUCCGAAAGCUCUACAUGAAAACCCUGUUAAAGAUCUUCGCGUGGGCGACCUUGCGGAUGGAGAGAGGAGCCAAGGAGAAGAACCACCAGCUUUACAAGCCCUACACCAAUGGAAUCAUCGCCAAAGAUCCCACUUCCCUCGAAGAAGAGAUCAAAGAGAUUCGCCGCAGCGGCAGCAGCAAGGCCCUGGACAACACCCCGGACUUCGAGCUCUCCGACAUCUUCUACUUCUGCCGCAAAGGGAUGGAGACCAUUAUGGACGACGAGGUGACCAAGAGAUUCUCAGCGGAGGAGUUGGAGUCCUGGAACUUGCUGAGCAGAACCAACUACAACUUCCAGUACAUCAGCCUUCGGCUCACCGUCCUGUGGGGCUUGGGAGUGCUGAUUCGGUACUGCUUCCUCCUGCCGCUCAGGAUAGCUCUUGCUUUCACGGGGAUUAGCCUCCUGGUGGUGGGCACGACCAUGGUGGGAUACCUGCCCAACGGGAGGCUUAAGGAGUUCCUGAGUAAACACGUUCACUUAAUGUGCUACCGGAUCUGCGUGCGAGCGCUGACGGCCAUCAUCACCUACCACGACAGGAAGAACAGGCCCAGAAACGGCGGCAUCUGCGUGGCCAAUCACACGUCGCCCAUCGACGUCAUCAUUUUGGCCAGUGAUGGUUAUUACGCCAUGGUGGGACAGGUGCACGGGGGGCUCAUGGGCGUGAUUCAGAGAGCCAUGGUGAAGGCCUGCCCGCAUGUCUGGUUCGAGCGCUCGGAGGUGAAGGAUCGCCACCUGGUGGCCAAGAGGCUGACUGAGCACGUGCAGGAUAAAAGCAAGCUGCCCAUCCUCAUCUUCCCGGAGGGAACCUGCAUCAAUAAUACGUCGGUGAUGAUGUUCAAAAAGGGAAGUUUUGAAAUUGGAGCCACGGUUUACCCUGUUGCUAUCAAGUAUGACCCUCAGUUCGGUGAUGCCUUCUGGAAUAGCAGCAAGUACGGGAUGGUGACGUACCUGCUGAGAAUGAUGACCAGCUGGGCCAUCGUCUGCAGCGUGUGGUACCUGCCUCCCAUGACCAGAGAGGGAGAGGAAGAUGCCGUCCAGUUUGCAAACAGGGUGAAGUCCGCCAUCGCCAGGCAGGGAGGACUCGUGGACCUGCUGUGGGACGGCGGUCUGAAGCGGGAGAAGGUGAAGGACACGUUCAAGGAGGAGCAGCAGAAGCUGUACAGCAAGAUGAUCGUCGGGAACCAGGAGGACAGGAGCCGGUCCUGAGCCCGCGCCUCCCCUUCCUGGACCCGGGACUCAACUCCCUCUGAGCGCCCGGGCCCCACCAGCUGCCAUCUGAGGGGAACACUGCUGGUGGCCGCUGCCCAGGACGAGAUGCCUUCCUGUUCCUUUUACGCUGUGUCCGUGGGAGGAAUGCCAUUAAAGUCCCCUCUCCCCCGUGCCCGUGCCGCCUGAGUGCUGGGCAGGUGGCCGUCCCCGCGCCAGGACGGGGGAUGCUCGUCUGUGACUGAACCCACGUGCGGGGACCUCUGGGGAUGGCGGCCCCGGCCUUGAUAAAAAGACAACUGCCGUCUGCCGGAGCUCCGGGCCGGGUGAAGGUCUCCGGGCGGGGCGGGGCGGGGGGCCGCGGUCUGACCCGGUGCCCGGGCGGGAGGGGAGGGGGGCACCUACCUCACAGGGUUGUUGUGGGGCUUCACGUGCUACGCCAUCGAGCUCAGUGUGAACACGUGCAGGUCCGAGAGGCGGCGGGAUGGGGUCUGAGCUCGGAGCCACUCGCGGGGCUUCGGAUUUGUUUUUGUGAGUAAAUAAAAUUGUCUUCGAUGGUGACUGAAUCGAGGGGGUUUUCCCUUCGCUCUCUCUGCCCUGGAGGCAUUCCAGAGCCACACGUUAGGAUCAGA